UUCCAUUAUAAAUACUUCAUUUGCCUUGGCAUACCACCAAACAUAUUCCCAUUUUCCUUCUCCCUCAAUGGAGUUCUACAGGAGAGGUCCCAUAAGAGCUCAAGUGAGCAAGGAAGUUGCAGUGCUUGUUGUGGUGGCGUUGCUGAGUAUAGGAGGAGGUGAGAGCAGAAAAGGUAGGAUUCUGGUGGAUGAGUCCAUUGAGUACACAGCUAUAAACUGCAGAGGCCACAGUGCAUCCCUGACGGAUUUUGGUGGUGUUGGUGAUGGGAAGACGUCAAACACAAAGGCGAUUCAGGCUGCAAUCGAUCAUCUAAGCCAGUAUGCAUCGGACGGCGGAGCUCAGCUAUAUGUUCCUGCCGGAAAAUGGUUGACUGGGAGCUUCAGCCUCACCAGCCACUUCACUCUCUAUCUCCACAAGGAUGCUGUUCUCCUUGCUUCCCAGGACAUGAACGAAUGGCCUGUGCUCAAACCUCUGCCAUCAUACGGCCGAGGAAGGGACGCGGCAGGCGGAAGGUACACCAGCCUCGUAUUUGGAACAAACCUCACUGAUGUUGUUAUCACAGGUGAUAACGGGACUAUUGACGGUCAGGGAGCGUUCUGGUGGCAAAAAUUCCACGGGGGGAAGCUAAAAUACACCCGCCCUUACCUGAUCGAAGUCAUGUUCUCAGACAUUGUCCAGAUUUCAAAUCUAACGCUCCUAAACUCCCCAUCAUGGAACGUUCAUCCAGUUUACAGCAGCAAUAUUCUUGUUCAAGGCAUUACGAUCAUCGCGCCGGUUAAAUCUCCGAACACUGACGGCAUCAACCCAGAUUCUUGCACAAACAUAAGAAUAGAAGACUGUUACAUAGUUUCUGGGGAUGACUGUGUGGCCGUCAAGAGCGGUUGGGAUGAGUAUGGCAUCGCAUUUGGAUGGCCCACAAAACAACUAAUCAUCAGACGGCUCACAUGUAUUUCCCCAUACAGCGCCGUGAUCGCUUUGGGAAGCGAGAUGUCAGGUGGGAUCCAAGAUGUCAGGGCUGAAGACAUCGUGGCCAUCAACACAGAAUCAGGGGUGCGGAUCAAGACGGCCGUAGGAAGAGGAGGGUACGUGAAAGACAUUUACGUACAAAGAAUGACCAUGCACACCAUGAAAUGGGUCUUUCUGAUGAAUGGCAAUUAUAAGGCACAUGCCGAUAAUAACUACGACCCCAAUGCCCUACCAGUGAUCCAAGGCAUCAACUAUAGGGAUAUGGUGGCGGAGAAUGUGUCAAUGGCAGCUAGAUUGGAAGGGAUUUCCGGUGACCCGUUUACAAAUAUUUGUGUUUCGAAUGUGACCAUUGGGAUGGCAGCUAAGUCGAAGAAAGUGAAAUGGAUGUGCACUGAUGUUGCAGGGAUUACAAGUGGUGUAACUCCUCAGCCGUGUGACUCGUUACCCGAUCAAGGGUCGGAGAAGAUUACAACAUGUGAAUUUCCGACAGACAGUUUACCGGUUGAUAAUGUAGAGUUUAAGAAGUGUACUUAUAGAAUGACUUAUGCCCGAACUUUGCUUCAUGUGUAACAGAAAUCACUUCAAGAUUAAACAAAAUUAUAUCAAGAACCCUGGCAUAAGACUAUAAGAGUAUGCCUUUCCUU